AUUGCUGGUUGAUCUAGAGUCGGUAUGGAUUUGCUCGGUUUUUCUCUCUGUUGCAAUGAAUCCUCUCAUGCGCGCGUCGUCUGUGAGGGGCGGCAUGGCCGUCAAUGAUAUGAUAGUCUUGUCAUUGCCGUGGCCCUUCAAGCGGGACCCUGUUGGCGGUGUUUCCCAAGUGCACUGGAAUAGCCUCGACUACGCAUCCCAACGCAAGAGAGAGGUGAGAGGAUGCAUGGGGGCAUUGCACAAGGCGAGAAGAUGAGAAAAAUGGCUGCAUGCAUGAACCUCUGCAGAUUCAUGAGAUGCAUGAUACAUUGUACCUGGUGUACCAUCCUUUCUUUCUUUUGUUUGGUUGUUGCAUGCAGAUGGCCAAUGAUUUCUGGGCUGAGCAGAGGGCUGAGGGCAACACGCCGUUCGUGACGGAAGACGACCGCUACGAGGGCUCGGUCACCGUCGCGCAUACGCCGAUGGAGGUCACCUUCGACCCGGCCACCCGCCGAUACUGGCCGCGCAGGGAUUCCAAGAUGACGUCAGACCCCUACCACUGCGAACCCAAACGGGUGUUUUGCAGCCUGGAGGUGAGAUCGUCAGCCAGAAGACAAUGAAAGCGCCACAUCCACGCUCAACGGCGGUAUCUUCAUGUGUGUCCAUUUGUUUGUUCACAGGUUCCCGAGUUGCACAAGAUGGGUACGUAUGAGUUGUCGGACAUCCUCGAGGGCAAGCCCAUGGCCAAGAGCAGCCCCUACCCGUCCACCUCAUCCAUCAGCACGGACGCCCCCCACAUGCCCACGGGUGAUAUCGACGACAUCGCCGUGCCCAUCAGCAGAACCAAAACCGACUCCUGGUUCAGCAUCGUGUCCAUCCAGAAGCUCAUCAAGUCGGUCAUCGGCAGCUGCACGAUCGGCCCGGGCCCUGCCAAGUUCGACGAGCACGAGAUCAUCAUCUGAGCCCACAAGUCGUUCCGCCCCGCACCGCUACCUACCGCCCGCACGCACGUUGUCGAAGUCAGCCCUCGAAGCUACUGUCGCCCGUCUGCUGCCAAUUCGCCUGCCCCCAAGCCACCCACAAUCGACUGAGACCUCGCAAGUGCAAGAGAAGGAGGAGCAACAACAGAGUGAACAGGAGCAGUGAGCACCGUGCAGCCAUUUGCGCGCCCCAGGCAGUGGCACAGACGACCGCUCAAAUGGCCGAUGGCACCAUACACCACACAUAGCGAGCCUCUAGCCCACCACACAUCACACACAUUAUCACACACCACAUACUUGCUGAGCAAGGCAGCCGUCAAGGGGGCGACUUGGGGCGCUGCAUGGCUUGACGCUGAGCGAGAUGGGGGGCAGGGAGGCAGGCAGAAGUGCACAGCAGAUGGCGGCGUUGCACCGAAGAGACAGAUAUACGGGGGCUGGGCUGGGCUGGUGUGGUGGGGACUGGCGGGGCGACUGUGGGCAUGCAUAAGUGAGGGAUAGGUGGCGGUUGGAUGGUUGUUUGGAGUGUGCCGAUUCAUCUACACCUGCCUGCCUGUCUGCCUGACAGUGCAUGGGUGGUGUCGGUCGGUCGGUCGGUCGAUGUCACUAAGGUGAGUGACGCCAUCGGACGGACGGUAGCUACUCUGCCGGGGGGUGGAAGUCAGCAAGCAGCCAAACGAGACAGGAAGAGAGACACAGAGAGAUAUCGCUGCUAAUGGCUGGCUGGCUGCGUUGACGUGCGGGUCUACAUGUUUGCCUGUCUCUUUUUCAGCGCUCUCGGCUGCUGAGAGGCUCUCUCUUUUUCUCCAUGACAAGUGUGUGUGUAGGGAUGGGAGGACUGUGCGUAUGUGUGUUGGCAUUGCUGUCGUGUUUCAUCGUCAUGUGAUUGAGGAGGUACCAUCCCUCCCUCCGUGGUUUUGUGUGCAUACCUACAUGAAUGACCGGAUGGAUGGACACCCCCCUUGAUGAUGUCAAU